AUGUCUGGGGAGAUAGAAGAGCCCUUUAGUUUUAGCUUUCAGGCAGACUCUUUACACUCUGGUUCCAUAUCAUUUGGGAGGUUCGAAAACGAAGUUUUAUCUUGGGAAAAGUGGUCGUCGUUCUCGCAUAACAGAUAUGUUGAAGAGGUUGAAAAAUGCUUGAAACCGGGUUCAGUUAUUGAGCGGAAAGCUUACUUCGAAGCUCAUUUCAAGAAGAAAGGUUUUCCCAAACCAAAUUUAGUUGAGUGCUAUAGCGGUACAAGUUAUCAAGUCUGUGAAAAUGGUGUCUUGGAGAGUGAUGCGUACGGAGAAGAAUUUGAAGACGGAAAUGAAGACAACAGUUGCGCUCAAUUUGAUGAGGGCUCCGAGGGUUCAGAGUACCACGGAGACAGUCAAGUGAAUGAAUAUGAAAAGGAAGAUCCUGAAGUUUCAUUGUCUGAUCUUCAGAGGGCAUCAGAGUUGAACGAUGAAGAUAUUCUGGUCGCUAUUAAAGAUGAUAAUUCCGAGGAAACAAAUCAAAUUGGAAAAGGUUGUGACAUGUUUUCUUCAAUUAUCGAUGAACCAGAGAACAAUGUAAUUGAGAAUCAUGAUGGUGAUGCUGUGAAUGCUGAUGAAUCAUAUAAUUCUGUUAAGAUAAACCCCAAGACUGCAGCAGAUGAUGAAGUUAACAUGACGAUUGUGGAAAGUUUGCAUAGUUCUUCUUCAAAGAGAAAGAGAGGGUACACGAAGAAAAACCGCCAUUCCAACUACACAAUCAGUUCCCAGGACUCCAAAAUAGAGGAAUCUACAAAUCUGAAGGGAAAAUUUGCUCACGAAAGUAGAAGUGGUAAGAAACUUGGUGAACCUCAACCUCCUGCCGUCAAGCCUGAGUCCAGAGGACGCCAAACGGCAAACAGGCUUCACCAAAGAGUCAAUUUGACCAAGUCUAAUAUAAGAUCAAGUGUUGCAACUUUCAAUUUCAAAAGUUCUGAACGAGCAGAAAGGAGGAAAGAGUUCUUCACAAAGAUGGAAGAAAAAAUGCAUGCCAAGGAAGAUGAGAUGAAUAAGAUCCAAGCAAAAAAGCAGGAAAAAGCCGAAGCUGAGAUGAGACAACUCCGCAAAAGCCUCAACUUUAAAGCAGCACCAAUGCCUUCCUUCUACCAUGUAGCUGUGAAUGCAGCGCCUGAUGGGAGCAAGGUUGUAUCUACCAAAUUCUCUAAAGUACAAAGCAAGUCAACAAAUCCAGGGAGUGGAGCCGCUGCAAGAUUUCCAUCACAUUCAGAGGCAGGCAAGGUUGAACCUCCCACUGCUAACGUUUCUGUAAACACAGCUGAUUUGCAUGAGGCCUCGAGAGAAACUAACAGCAUCAUGGCUGAUCCCUCUGAAACUAGUUCAGUUUCUUCAGCUACACUGAGCAGCAGAAACUUAUCCCGGGAUACUGCAACUAAAAGUGAACACCCCAGGACGAAAGGAAGGGAGAAGGAUGCUAAUUAUACGCAGAAACAUCGGUUAUUAGAGAGCGGUAAAAUGGCAAAAAGUCAGAAAGCUGAAGGGAAGCAGAAAGUGGGAGUCCAAAAAAAUGGCAGAGAGAUGGCAAGGAAGGGUAUGAAAGGCGGUGUCGGCUUUGGAAGCAGUUCAAGAAUGGGUCAUCUAACGGUUGGUGUUGCCUCAUGAAUGAACACCAAGAGAUCAAAUAUAUUCAGCCGUGCAGGAUGAACACUGCAAGCCUGAAAUUUAAUGAAAGCAAAGCUUGUAACAAACCAUGCAGACGAAGGGAUAAUAAUAUAUGGUUGUGCUGUUUGAGGGAGUAGAAAAAUUGGAAGCCUAGGCCCUCUUGCCACCUUUAUAAAUUAAAAGUUUUAUUAAAUUUAUUCAUCGUGUGAUGAAACCAGGUCAUCUUCCAAUGUAAUCAAGCAUCUUGAAAUGGAUUAAUGAGUGCAUUCGCUCUUAAAUUUGAUGUCUCGAAUUUGAUUAA